CACCCUUCCACAGAGGCAGUCUAUGAUGUAAUGUUCCUGCUGCUGAUAGAGCAACCCCCUCUCUUGCUUUUUUUUAUAUAUUUUUUUCCCCUCCCCUCCCCUUCCGAUUUGCUACUGCUGCUGCUGCUGCUCUCGCUGGUGGUGAUAGUGGUGGUGGUGGAUGCGUGCGUGCGGCGCCGGUUCAGCUGCAUCCCCGGGCAUCUCUCGGGAUCCCUGCAGAGCUUCUUUUCCUCUGUCACCACUCGACCAAGAGCCACUCCUACUGUGCACUGCGAGACCUUGUCCUCUGCUGAUACAAAGAUCUGAGCUGAGACCUGUUGUGUACGCAUGGAGGCUGAUCGGUGGAGACUUUCUGUCUUGCUCUGAAGUUACAGAUCGUCAUUUCAAACCAGCCUUAUUGCCUGCACCUCCCAAAGGAGCGCCCUGACUCCACGACAGUGCAUAGGCCUUCCAUUCAAGGAGACUGGAGCUGCGGCAAUUGAGGGAAAGAGGGGGGAGAGAGAAUAAACACGGGUUAAAAAAGACGCUCUUCAUGAAUUCCCCAAAACCCUGAAAGGCAAAUACUGCAAGUUGGCUGGCGGUCCUGAGGAGGCAUGUGGACAAUGAGUAUGGCUUGGCUCUGUCUCCCAGCCUACACUUUCCUGCUCAUUGGUUGCUUUCAUACAGCUGUCACGGAAAACGAUGUCACUCCACGCCUCACCUUCUCCUACAAUGCAAAGGAGAGAACAACCAGGAGUUUCUCAGUCGGUGGAGUCUUCAACUACACUUCUCUCCUCCUCAGUAAAGAAGACAACAAGCUGUAUGUUGGCGCUCGGGAGAUUCUCUUUGCUCUGAACCUCUCUGAUAUCAGCGCAGUCAAGCUACAGAGAAAUCUCACAUGGAAAACUCCAGAGAGGAAGAGAGAUGAGUGCAGUUUUAAGGGCAAAGACCUGCAGACGGAUUGCUUCAACUACAUCAAGAUUUUACUACGUAUGAACAGCACUCACCUGUAUGUUUGUGGGACAUACGCCUUCAGCCCCAUCUGUGCUUACAUAAACACGGCAGACUUCUCCCUCGUCAAGAGCGAUACCGGUGAGAUUGUCACGGAAGAUGGACGAAGCCGCUGCCCGUUCAACCCUGAAUAUAAGUCCACCGCCAUCAUGGCUGAUGGAGACCUGUAUGCCGGUACAGUCAGUAAUUUCCAAGGAAAUGAACCCAUCAUUUACAAGAGUCUAAGCCAAGGAACUUCUCUAAAAACAGAAAACUCACUCAACUGGCUUCAAGACCCGGCCUUUGUUGGUUCUGCCUACAUACAGGAGAGCCUGCCCAAGGGCAACCCAGUGGGAGAUGAUGAUAAGAUUUACUUCUUCUUCAGUGAAGCGGGAAAGGAGUUUGAUUUCUUUGACAACACCAUUGUGUCACGUAUUGCUCGCGUGUGUAAGGGUGACAUGGGAGGCGAGAGAGUCCUGCAGAAGAAAUGGACGACUUUCUUGAAGGCUCAGCUUCUGUGCUCUCUGCCUGACGACGGAUUCCCUUUCAACAUAAUCCAAGACAUGUUUGUGCUGACGCCCAGCCCCGAGGACUGGAAGAACACUGUGUUUUAUGGAGUCUUCACAUCACAGUGGUACAAGGGUGCCUCAGGAAGCUCUGCAGUUUGUUCCUUCACUAUGGACCAGGUGGAAAAAGCCUUUAAUGGUCGAUACCGAGAGGUCAACAGAGAGACCCAGCAGUGGUACACAUACAACCAUCCUGUCCCAGAGCCUCGGCCUGGAGCGUGUAUCACAAAUGCAGCCAGAGAGCAGGGCAUCUCCUCCUCACUGCACAUGCCAGACAAGGUGCUGAAUUUUGUCAAAGACCACUUCCUGAUGGACAGCGUGAUCCGCAGCCAGCCUCUCCUGCUGAAACGUAACGUUCGCUACACCCAGAUUGCUGUCCAUAGAGUCCUGGUAGCGCACAAGGCCUACAACGUGCUCUUCAUUGGUACAGAUGAUGGAAGACUUCAUAAAGCCAUUAAUGUCAAGAACAAGAUGCACAUCAUUGAGGAGAUGGUGCUCUUCCGUGAUUCCCAACCAGUACAGCACAUUGAGCUGGAUACUGAAAAGGGUCAGCUUUAUGUUUCCUCUUUCUCUGAACUGGUGGAGGUCCCAGUAGCUAACUGCACUAAUUAUCAGAGCUGUGGGGAGUGCAUCCUCUCCAGGGAUCCUUACUGCGCCUGGAAUGGGCGGCAGUGUGUGGAUGUCAGACAGGCAUCAACAAGAAAUGCCUGGCAGCAGGAUGUAGAUGAGGCAGAUACAUCAGCUAUUUGCAACAAGACAGUGCCAAGCCCACGGUUUGCUAAACCUCCACCUACACGAAUGUCCUCAUGCCAGGUGAUCAUUAUCCCAGCUAACACGUUUAAAGUACUGCCUUGCAAACUGCGCUCUAAUCUGGCUGAAAGGAGGUGGGAGUUUAGUGAGAGCACAGGUCAUUUCCAUUACCCCAGCCCAGAGGGGGGGCUGGUAGUGGUAGCUCAAGCUGACAGGCAAGAAACCUAUGAGUGCUGGUCAGUGGAGGAAGGCUUCAGGCAGCUGCUGGCAAACUACUGCGUUAGGGGCGAGGCCAAGCAGGAGAGCACCACCCUGACGGGCCGUUCACACACGCCGCAGAUCUCCCAGGAGGAGUUCAUCAUCCUGCCGGGGAAGGCCCGCUCGCCACAGAUCAACACCAAGACCUACUGGAACGAGCUGAUCGUGGUCUGCGCCCUCCUAGCGUUCUCCCUGGUGGUCUUCUCUCUGUUCGUGAUUUACAGGAACCGCGACCACAUGAAGUCCAUGCUCAAGGAGGGGGAGUGCCCCAACAUGCAGCAGAAGAAGCCCCGGAUAGUGGUGAAACCGGCUGAGAACUUGCCGCUUAACGGCAACACGGUCACGGCGUCGGUGUCAGAUCACAAGGGCUACCAGACCCUUAAUGACAACUACAUCUGCAGCACUCCCCCGCAAGAGUGCUCGUCGCCUGACAACAGCAAGAGCUUCUCAGAGUCGGAGAAGAGGCCUCUGAACUUAAGAGAGAGCCGCGUAGAGAUUUCUCCCACAUGCCCACGGCCACGAGUCAGACUGGGCUCUGAGAUUAAAGACUCUAUAGUGUGAGGCUGGCUUCAUCUUAUGUGGAGUGACUCAUUUUAAACUGAAAGGAAAGAGUGCACUUGCUGAGAGAGACAAAACCCUAUAAGAGGGGGAAAACUGAGGAACAUCAGACUCUUCAUGGAGAGACAUUUCAUUACACAGAUUUUGCACUUUGUCUUUUUUUUCCUCUUUUUUUUUUUUCUCUCCCUGUGGCCCAUAUACAUUUCAUUUAAUUCUCCUCACACACCCCCACCCACCCCCCACUCCUUUAUUCAAGUGCACUCAAAAGCACACUGAGGUGAAGUUCCGGUUUGCCUUCAGACUUUUGAUGCUUUCACACAUGGCUCACAUAACAAGCGAAGAGGUGGCGUCGCAACCGCGAUUUGGUGACUGGAUUUCAUAGCAUUUGCUGCUCAGUCCGUCCAUAUCAUCUACAGGCGAUGCUUUGAAAGGCAGAGUGAUAUUCAGAUAUGUUCCCGCUAACAGCUGACACAGUGUGCGCUGUUUUUACUUUUGUUCUGUCAUCUGGUAAGAGUCCACCCCUUGCUGAGGCUAUGCACUAUGUACUGUACUGUAGCAAGGCAAACACUCAUAACAGAAUAUACACAAGUCGGUGGCAGGCAAGAAAAAAAAACAAGAUGAUCUGUCACAAUUUCUUAGAUAGCCUGUGUGCGUUGACACAAGUAUACUCAUUGUUUAGACUGAAAUAUAACACAGCAACAGAGGAAGAAUUCAGAGAGGAAGAGUCAUGCUGAGAGAUAGAGGAGGUUCAUCAAAAACAGACAAGUGAUCAAGUGAAAGAAGAAAUCACCUCAGUGGAAAUGUCAUAGAAACCCUUACCACCUCAAUCAUAACACCAAAAAAACAACAAAAACAAAUAAAAAGAUUAUAUAGUCAUGAGACACAAAUAUGCUUUUUUUUAAAGUAUUGGUAUUAUUAGUGGAUACAAAUAUUCCUCUGUGGAAGCCUGACUUUCAACAGGGUUUUCUUUCACCAAAUGUGAUAAAGGGAAAAAAAAAAACAAAAAAAAAAAACUCAUUCCAGGUAUUAUCAUGCUGUUCUUCAUGAGAUAGGCAGUCUAUGCAAAGUAAAUAAUGUGAAGUGGGGUAAACACAGAGAAAACCUCACCUCGAGACUGAGUAAGCACAAAGGUGUUGGCACUGUUAAUGACUUUAGGAUCAGUGGCACUGCAAAUACACCCCCGCACAUGAACGCGCACCCGCUCUCAUUACACUAACUGUAAGUAUGCAAGAGACUUUAGCCAUUGUGGUGUAUUUUGGGGAGGGAGUUGAUGAAACUCUGAAAGGCUGGCAUCAUAGAAAAACAAAUGAUAAAGAGACAAGGGUCCAGUACAGUAAUGUAAGUUUGUGGCUGUUGAUUUAUCUCAACAUGAUAAAUGAUUAUACAUAUUUAUUACGUGGCCAAAUGUUUCUUUUACAGAAACAUCAUAGUCACUUUCAAUGUUUUUAAAUAUCUAUCACUAUUCUCAAAGGGAAAUAAUAAUAAAUAUUUAAAUACUACACCUAUUCAUACUCGGAGUUAAAUAACACACAUCUGUAUAGCCUCAACUUUGAUAUACAUAUUAACUGAUGAGUGUUAAUGGAUGGAAGAAAAUGCCCUCUGCUUGCUUAAAUGGUUUUAAAGGCAACCAUAAAAGCAAUAACUUUCACUCUCAUCUAGUAAUAAACAUAAGAAUUGUGUAUUUUAAACAUCUUGAUCAUCCAUCUCCAUAUUCACACAUAAAGAAUUCUAAACUAUAUGAUUCACAAAAUUCAUGAGUCAGACGUUACAGUAACUUGAAAGCAUUUUUCACAUCAUACAAUAUUACGUCUUACUUUAGUUUGGCUCUGGUAUUGUAAAGCGGCCAGCAAAAUUAAAAGAUUCACAAACAUUCAGGACGGCAUACUGCUCGACUCAGAAUGCAUAGGAUUUGCACACGAUGUUGAAAAGCCUUAGUACAUUGCAGGUUACGGAUUUGAUAUCAAAUCUGCCUUUGGGGAAAAUGGAUAAUGCCUUCUCAAACAAUAAUCAAGAGAUGUGCCUCUUGGGAUAAUAAUCUAACCAGGUAGUAGUGUUGUAGAGUCAAAUGCUACACUGUAGGUGUGACAGGACUGGCCGUGCUCAGAGACAGGAGUGAAAACAUUGAAUACAUGUAAUUUAAUACUGUCGACCUUGUACAGUAUGUGCUCAUGAAGUGUUUAUUUUAUUUUUUGUAACGGUGGCUUCAACCUCAGUCAGGGACUAAAUUUUAUUCUUGAAUUGUAGCACAUAAAUAACCACUGGCUGAUUUUAUCUUUUAUUUUUUGAAAUACUGAAUUAUAGAUCAGCAUUAGUAUUAUGUUGCAUUUCUCGUAAAUGGCACAGCAAAUUUCAAAGACCGGUAGUCCCUAAUCAAUCAUACAGUAUGAAAGAUUCAUGCUUUGACUGUUAUUGAAAACAUAAACAAACGGCAGCUUUUGGUGAAGUGGCUGUCAUCUGAACAAUAUCAAAUUCGCUAAGUGCAGAACAAAUAUAAAGUGGCGGUGAUUUAGUCAAAUAUGUGCAGGUACUGAACAUGCUUUUUUGAAAACAAGCCUAAAUUAUUAAUGCCACAGUGAAAGUAUCAUCGUCUGUGCUCUCUUAAUGAACCACUAUAGUCAGGCCUUCUGUUUGUGGCAGUACAAGUUGCUCCUGUCAACAUGUAUUGUAAGAAGUAUAAGUAAAAAAAAAAAAAAAAAAAAAAAAAGUUUUUAUGUAAAACUGUUUUGUAAAUUCAGCUGCCAAUGUAAAAAAUAUUGUGAAUUGUUUUUUUUUUUUGUUUUGUUUUGUUUUUGUACAUCACUACUGUUUUGUUUUUUGUUGUUUUUUGUACUGUAUAUAAAAAGCACUUUAUUUUAAUUUUUCAAAUAAAGAUCAAAUUGAUAAUUUUUUA